UUGUAUUGUAUUACAUGCCCAUGGAACUUUGGUCAAACCAAGUCAUUACAUUACAUUACGCUUAUAUUGAUAUACGACAUGAUAUACGGAUACAAUACGUCGUACCUCCUCCGUCCUUGGUAUCCAAAUAGCCUCUAUGAGAGACUCUCUGCGAAACUCAUCACUCACUCUCUCCCCCAAAACAAUGGUGACAAAGUCGCCAGUCAGUCUCCUCCUCUUCUUCCUCCUCCUCACACUGGUGGCUCUCUCAACUGGCGAGUUCCUCAGGCUUCCAUUGCUCCACAAAACGCCGCGGCCGUCCCCGUCCGAGGCCCUCUCCCUCGACCUCCGCCGCCUCAGUUCCCUCCUUCGCACCCGUGGUGCGGUCAAGUCACCGGUCACCUCCGGCGCCUCCUCCGGCACCGGCCAGUACUUCGUCACCCUCCACCUCGGCACCCCUCCCCAGCGCCUCCUCCUCGUCGCUGACACCGGCAGCGACCUCGUCUGGGCCCGCUGCUCCGCCUGCCGGAACUGCUCCGCCCACCCCCGCGGCUCCUCCUUCCUCGCCCGCCACUCCUCCUCCUUCCGCCUGCACCACUGCUACUCUGCCACGUGCCGCAGCGUCCCCCACGCCGCCCGCGAACCGCGCUGCAAUCACACGCACCGCCACAGCCCCUGUCGCUACGAGUACUCCUACUCCGAUGGGUCCGUCACCGCAGGGUUCUUCUCCGCCGAGACGGCGACGCUCAACACCAGCUCCAACCGGGUGGACCAGCUGAAGGGGCUGAACUUCGGCUGCGGGUUCCGGGUCUCGGGUCCGAGCGUGACAGGGGCGAGCUUCAACGGGGCCCAGGGCGUCAUGGGCCUGGGUCGCGGGCCCAUCUCGUUCUCCUCGCAGCUGGGCCACCGCUUCGGCAACAGGUUCUCCUACUGCCUCUUGGACUACACCCUCUCCCCUCCUCCCACCAGCUUCCUCACCAUUGGAGGCGGCUCGGAGAAAGCCGCCGUUUCUGCCGCCACCAAUCUCCGCUUCACCUCUCUCCUCACCAACCCGAUCUCGCCCACAUUUUACUACAUCUCCAUCAGGAGCGUCUACGUCGACGGCGCGAAGCUUCCCGUCAGCCCCUCGGUGUGGUUCCUCGAUGAGCUCGGCAACGGCGGCACGAUCAUCGACUCCGGCACGACACUGACAUUCCUGGCGGAGCCGGCCUACCGGCAGAUACUGGACGCGAUGAGGCGCCGGGUAAAGUUGCCGAGCCCGGAGACGCCGACGCCGGGGUUCGAUCUGUGCGUGAACGUGACGGAGUUGCGGAGGUCAUUGGCAGUCCUACCAAGGCUGAGCUUCAGGCUGGAGGGAGGGGCCGUGUUAGCGCCGCCGCCGAGGAACUACUUCAUAGACACGGCGGAGGGUCUGAGGUGCCUGGGGAUACAGGCGGUGACGGCGGAGGGGGCUUUCUCGGUGAUCGGGAAUCUGAUGCAGCAGGGCUUCCUGCUGGAGUUCGACAGGGACAGGUCGCGGCUAGGUUUUUCGCGCCGCGGCUGCGCACUUUCCUCCUGAGCCCCGCAACCGGCCCCCAUGCGGCCUUUUUCCCACGCGGGGCAAAGGACUCACUGAGUCGCAUCGAAUACGCAUGGCGACCCGACCAGCUUGUCUUCUUUUUCCUUUUCUCUCAUAUUUUGAUCAUUAAGCAUGCGGUUGAUUUUCGAGUGGGUAAGGGACCCAAUUUAAUUUAAUUUAUGUUGAUAAAUAUAUUAAUG